CCCCGGCCCCUGCACCCCGGCGCGCCCGGUCCCGCUCUGGGGGGGUUGGUGGCUUCGCUUUGCCAUGAGUUUACCGCAGAAACCGGCUCUGAAAUCAGGCUCAGCGGCUGCAGCAGGAACCGGACCCGGCACCGGAGCGGCGGCGGCGGCGGCAGCGGUACCGCCUCCUCACCCGGCGGCGGCAGCAGCGGCGGCGGCGGCGGCGGCGGCGGCGGUAGCGGCCCCUCCUCACCCGAACAUCAGGGCCCUCCAGACCCAGGCGCCCCAACAAAUUCCUAGAGGACCUGUGCAGCAGCCUCUCGAGGAUCGAAUCUUCACUCCUACUGUCUCGGCGGUGUACAGCACGGUAGCAAGACAGCCGGGACCCCCGACCCCUUCCCCUUAUGCGGCACAUGAAAUAAACAAGGGGCAUCCAAAUCUUGCAGCAACGCCCCCGGGACAUGCAUCGUCCCCUGGACUCUCUCAAACCCCUUAUCCCUCUGGACAGAAUGCAGGUCCAACCACGUUGGUGUACCCUCAAGCCCCUCAGACAAUGAAUUCGCAACCUCAAACCCGUUCUCCGAUCCUGGUUCUCCCCAGGGGGUGGAGGAACCAUUCUAAAGAGCCCAGCAGAACAGUGCCAAUACAUUGCACAGACAACUGGAAGAGGAGGAAGGUUUUGGAACAGACUCCCGUUUACAGGUCCUUGGCUGGAAGAGGCUGGAUAAAAUACUGCAUUUUUGCAGCGGGGCCUCGACCUGCCCAUCAUCAGGGAGGAUUCAGACCUAUCCAGUUUUUUCAGAGGCCUCAAAUACAGCCUCCUAGAGCUACCAUCCCGAACAGCAGUCCUUCUAUUCGCCCUGGUGCACAGACACCCACUGCAGUGUAUCAGGCCAAUCAGCACAUCAUGAUGGUUAACCAUCUGCCCAUGCCGUACCCAGUGCCCCAGGGUCCUCAGUACUGUAUACCACAGUACCGUCAUAGUGGCCCUCCUUAUGUUGGGCCCCCACAACAGUAUCCAGUUCAGCCACCAGGGCCAGGUCCUUUUUAUCCUGGACCAGGACCUGGGGACUUCCCCAAUGCCUAUGGAACGCCUUUUUACCCAAGUCAGCCAGUGUAUCAGUCAGCGCCUAUCAUAGUGCCUACGCAGCAGCAGCCCCCUCCAGCCAAGAGAGAGAAAAAAACAAUAAGAAUCCGGGAUCCAAACCAGGGAGGUAAAGACAUAACAGAAGAGAUUAUGUCUGGAGGUGGCAGCAGAAAUCCUACUCCACCCAUAGGGAGACCCACAUCCAUACCUACGCCUCCCCAGCAGCUGCCCAGCCAGGUCCCCGAGCACAGCCCAGUGGUUUAUGGGACUGUGGAGAGCGCUCAUCUUGCUGCCAGCACCCCUGUCACUGCAGCUAGCGACCAGAAGCAAGAAGAGAAGCCAAAACCAGAUCCAGUGUUAAAGCCUCCUUCCCCAGUGCUUAGGCUAGUCCUUAGUGGAGAGAAGAAAGAGCAAGUGGGUCAGAUAUCUGAGACUACUACAGCAGAGUCCAUACCAGAGCUUCCUCUGCCUCCAUCACCACCUGCUGUUCCUCCAGCUGCUCGAAGUACAAUUGCUUCCCCCACCUCUGCUGUUCUUAGCGGCCAGCCAAUGUUCACCACUGCUCUAGGUGACAGAUGCGAACUCUCAUCCUCAAAAGAAGACACAAUUCCUGUACCCAGCCCUGCAUCUUGCACAGAAACAUCAGAUCCUUCACAAACAGGUGUAAUUGAUGAUGAUAUAUGCAAGAAAUCUUGUAGUGUAGCACCUAAUGAUAUUCCACUGAUUUCUAAUACAAAUCUGAUUAAUGAAAUGAAUGGAGUUAGUGAAAAAUUACCUGCCACAGAAAGCAUUGUGGAAUUAGUAAAACAGGAGGUGUUGCCAUUGACUCUUGAAUUGGAGAUUCUGGAAAAUCCCCCAGAAGAAAUGAAAGUGGAGUGUGUUUCAGCACCCAUCACCCCUUCCACAGUUCCUUUCUUUCCACCAUCUCCUCCAACUCCUCCAGCUUCUCCGCCCACACCAGUCAUUGUUCCUGCUGCUGCCACCGAUCUUAGUUCUGCUAGUGCUCCCACUGCUCCCACUGCAGUCCUGAGAGUCUUAGAAGAGGAUGAGAGCAUAAGAACUUGCCUUAGUGAUGAUGCAAAAGAGAUUCAGAACAAAAUAGAGGUAGAAGCAGAUGGGCAAACGGAAGAGAUUGUGGAGUCUCAGAACUUAAGUUCAAGAAAGAGCCCUGUCCCAGCUCAGACAGCUAUAACUGCACCAAAGAUGUGGAAGAAACCAAAAGAUCGGACCCGAACCACUGAAGAGGUGUUAGAAGCAGAAUUGGAGCCUACAGCUGAAGAAGAGCUUUCAGGUGAUAAAGUACUUGAAUCUGAGCAAGAUAAAAUGAGCCAGGGGUUUCAUCCUGAGAGAGACUCCUCAGACCUAAAAAAAGUGAAAGCUGUGGAAGAAAACGGAGAAGAAGCUGAGCCUGUACGUAAUGGUGCUGAGAGUGUUUCUGAGGGUGAAGGAAUAGAUGCUAAUUCAGGCUCCACUGAUAGUUCUGGUGAAGGGGUCACAUUCCCAUUUAAACCAGAGUCUUGGAAGCCUGCCGAUACUGAAGGCAAGAAGCAGUAUGACAGGGAGUUUUUGUUGGACUUUCAGUUCAUGCCAGCCUGUAUACAGAAACCAGAGGGCCUGCCUCCUAUCAGUGAUGUGGUUCUUGACAAGAUCAACCAACCCAAAUUGCCAUUGCGAACUCUGGAUCCUCGAAUUUUGCCUCGAGGACCAGAUUUUACUCCAGCCUUUGCAGACUUUGGAAGGCAAACCUCUGGAGGAAGAGGUGUACCUAUUUGCAGAGUGCAGAGCAGGCAUAGAUUGCCAGUUCUGGAACAGAGCAAAGCACCAACUUGUACCCCACUGGUGAUGUUGUACCCGCUAUUGAAGAGCCUGCCUCUAGGGUUGUUGAAUGUUGGACCACGGAGAUCUCAACCUGGCCAGAGAAGAGAACCCAGGAAGAUCAUCACAGUCUCUGUGAAAGAAGAUGUGCACCUAAAAAAGGCAGAGAAUGCCUGGAAGCCCAGUCAGAAACGAGACAGCCAAGCUGAGGAUCCUGAAAACAUUAAAACCCAGGAACUUUUUAGAAAAGUUCGAAGUAUUUUAAAUAAAUUGACACCACAGAUGUUCAACCAACUGAUGAAGCAGGUGUCUGGGCUCACUGUUGAUACAGAGGAGCGGCUGAAAGGAGUCAUUGACCUGGUCUUUGAGAAGGCUAUUGAUGAACCCAGUUUUUCUGUGGCUUACGCAAACAUGUGUCGAUGUCUAGUAACGCUGAAAGUGCCCAUGGCAGACAAGCCUGGUAACACAGUGAAUUUCCGGAAGCUGCUAUUGAACCGUUGCCAGAAAGAGUUUGAAAAAGAUAAAGCAGAUGACGAUGUCUUUGAGAAGAAGCAGAAAGAACUUGAGGCUGCCAGUGCUCCAGAGGAGAGGACAAGGCUCCAUGAUGAAUUGGAAGAAGCUAAGGACAAAGCCCGGCGGAGAUCCAUUGGUAACAUCAAGUUUAUUGGAGAACUCUUCAAACUUAAAAUGCUGACAGAAGCCAUCAUGCAUGACUGUGUGGUGAAGCUGCUGAAGAACCACGAUGAAGAAUCCCUGGAGUGCCUGUGUCGCCUGCUCACCACUAUUGGCAAGGAUCUGGAUUUUGAGAAAGCAAAGCCACGGAUGGACCAGUAUUUUAAUCAGAUGGAGAAAAUUGUGAAAGAAAGAAAAACCUCAUCUAGGAUUCGAUUCAUGCUUCAGGAUGUGAUAGACCUUAGACUGUGUAAUUGGGUAUCUCGAAGAGCAGAUCAAGGGCCUAAAACUAUUGAACAGAUUCACAAAGAGGCUAAAAUAGAAGAACAAGAAGAGCAAAGGAAAGUCCAACAGCUCAUGACCAAAGAGAAGAGAAGACCAGGAGUCCAGAGAAUGGAUGAAGGUGGGUGGAAUACUGUACAAGGGGCCAAGAAUAGUCGGGUACUGGACCCCUCAAAAUUCCUGAAAAUCACUAAGCCCACAAUCGAUGAGAAAAUUCAGCUGGUACCUAAAGCACAGCUGGGCAGUUGGGGGAAAGGCAGCAGUGGUGGAGCAAAGGCGAGCGAGACUGAUGCCUUACGGUCAAGUGCUUCCAGUUUAAACAGAUUCUCUGCUUUGCAACCUCCAGCACCCUCAGGGUCUACAUCAUCCACACCUUUAGAGUUUGAUUCCCGGCGGCCUCUAACCAGUCGUGGAAGCAUGGGCAGGGAGAAGAAUGACAAGCCCCUUCCAUCUGGAACAGCUCGUCCAAACACUUUCAUGAGGGGCAGCAGCAGUAAAGACCUGUUAGACAAUCAGUCUCAGGAGGAGCAGCGGAGAGAGAUGCUGGAGACUGUGAAACAGCUUACAGGAGGCAUGGAUGUGGAAAGGAACACUGCUGAGGCUGACCGAAACAAAACCAGGGAGUCAGUAGUAAAAUCAGAAAUUCCAACGACGUCAGCCUCUGACAAGCCUUCAUUGUCAGAAGAGGAAAUGGAGAGGAAGUCCAGAUCUAUCAUUGAUGAAUUUCUACACAUUAAUGAUUUUAAGGAAGCCAUGCAAUGUGUGGAGGAGCUGAAUGCCCAGGGCCCACUACAUGUGUUUGUGAGAGUGGGAGUUGAGUCCACGCUGGAAAGGAGCCAGAUCACCAGGGAUCACAUGGGCCAAUUACUGUAUCAGCUGGUACAGUCAGAGAAACUCAGCAAACAUGACUUUUUCAAAGGUUUUUCAGAAACAUUGGAAUUGGCAGAUGACAUGGCCAUUGAUAUUCCCCAUAUUUGGUUGUACCUUGCUGAGCUGGUGACUCCCAUGCUGAAAGAAGGCGGAAUCUCCAUGAGAGAACUUAUCAUAGAAUUUUGCAAACCUUUACUUCCUGUUGGAAGAGCUGGGGUCUUGCUUUCUGAAAUAUUGCACCUUCUAUGCAAACAAAUGAGCCAUAAGAAAGUGGGAGCCUUAUGGAGGGAGGCUGACCUCAGCUGGAAGGACUUUUUACCAGAAGGGGAAGAUGUACAUAAUUUUCUCUUGCAGCAGAAGUUGGACUUUAUAGAGUCUGACAGUUCCUGUUCCUCCGAAGCACUUUCAAAGAAAGAACUCUCUGCUGAAGAGCUGUAUAAUCGACUUGAGAAACUCAUUAUUGAGGACAAAGCAAAUGAUGAACAGAUCUUUGACUGGGUAGAGGCUAAUCUAGAUGAAGCCCAGAUGAGUUCACCUACAUUCCUUAGAGCUUUAAUGACAGCCGUUUGUAAAGCAGCUAUUAUAAUAGCCGACUCUUCCACCUUCCGAGUGGACACUGCUGUGAUCAAGCAGAGGGUGCCGAUCUUACUCAAGUACCUAGACUCAGAUACAGAGAAGGAACUGCAAGCACUUUAUGCACUACAAGCAUCAAUAGUAAAACUUGAUCAGCCUGCCAAUUUGCUCCGGAUGUUUUUUGACUGCCUGUAUGAUGAGGAGGUAAUCUCCGAGGAUGCCUUCUACAAAUGGGAAAGCAGCAAGGACCCUGCGGAGCAGAACGGGAAGGGAGUGGCCCUGAAGUCUGUCACGGCAUUCUUCACGUGGCUGCGGGAAGCAGAAGAGGAAUCGGAGGAUAACUAAAAUUUCAAAUACACAAAAAGAAACAAAAGAAACAAUUUAAGUAUUUUUUUAAAAAGUUUCACGUCUUCGCCAAUCACAGUGCAGCAAGGCCAAUUCUCGCAGAAACCCCCACGUGUGCACGAGUGGGAGAGGGGAAAGAGAAAAAAGGUGAUCAUGGAGGAAAAAGGUACUGGAAAUAAGUACACUUCAACCUGAGGGCGGGAGCACUAAAACCAAAAUACAUGUAUUAUUUAUAGAAAAUAUUUUCUGUUAUAAUCUUUUCUUUUUAAACGAGGACUCAUACUUUAAAAAAAAACACAUCUGUUUAGCAAAAAAGUUGAGAACUUUUAAUUUAUUUUAAGGACUGCAAAUGCCAGUGUAAUUUUUUAAUUUGCAGUUUCUGUAAACAACUUGUAUAAUAGAAAAGCAGAGAAAUAAAUUUCCCUCCCCUUAAGAUGCACCUCAAGUUUGUUUUAAAGCAUAGUAGUUAGUCCAGAUUUAAGAAGGUUUGGGGUGAACAAGGUAAGAAAGAUAUUUUUUUUUUUUUUGGCAUCAAAUCUUUCUGCCUGCCUCUCAGCUUGCUUCAGAAAAUUUAAAAAAAAAAAAUCACAAUAGUAAUCAAAACAUACAUAACCUUGGAACAGAAGGAAAUGCUGUGGACCAGAGAACUCCAAGAAUUGUUUUAAAAAAAAAAAAGUGCUACCCUUGGAAAAGUACUCUCAAUACUUUUGAAAUCUUUAGAGCAACUAUAAGGCUUGUAAAUACAUAGAAUAUUUAAAAAAACAAAAAGAAAUUGACUCAAUACUAUUUCUUUUCACUUUCAAAAUAUAAAGAACAAAAUAAAGACAAAC